GCGGUGGGUGUGCCCGGCUGGGUGUGCGCCCCGGGCUCAGGCCGAGCCCGCCGGCGAGAGGGCGCCCGAGGCGGUGCGCGCCCCGGACGACGAGGGUGCGCUAGCUUGGUGGAGCGCGCCCGGGACGGGGACUGUGCUCCCGGAGGCUGCGUGCGCCCUGAAGUCCGAGGCACAGCCGGUUCCCCCCGCCGGCCUCCCGCGGCUCGCCGAGGUCUAGUAGUGCUGCUGGAUCUGCAGAGCCUGGAGCCUCUGUGCCUGCACCUCACACCUGCCUCUGUUCCAAAGAGCUGCGGCUGCAGUGGGCUGGCUGAGACACUUCACGGCGCCUGCCUGGGAUACUCUGGGACCGUCCUCCUCCACAGCUGCCUUCUCCCCGGCUCCUGCACCCGCCCUUCGGAAGUCACUGGUCUGCUCUGCAGUCAGAAGCCCUGCCUGGAGCUGGAUCCUUACAAACACUCCAACAAAUUUUACAGGCUUAUCGGAAGAAGAGUGCCCAAGAGACUGGCGGUCAGCAUUCGCUAAGAUGGAGAAGACAGACGCCAAAGACCAGUCCUCUCAGGGGGAUGAAGAGAAAGACCCUCCAAAGAGCCACCCCUACUCCGUGGAGACCCCAUAUGGCUUCCAUUUAGACCUGGACUUCCUCAAGUAUGUGGAUGACAUCGAGAAGGGAAACACCAUCAAAAGGAUUCCUAUCCACAGACGGGCCAAGCAGGCCAAGUUUAGCACUUUGCCCCGAAACUUCAGCCUUCCCGAUAGCGGCGCUCGCCCCCACGCUGCUCUUUCCCACCCGAACUGGCCCCCAGUGGUGCCAAGUAAGGUGUCGCUCGGGACAGAGGCGCGAGCCCAGCCACUGCCGCUCGGUGAUCACCCCCAAGCCGCUGGCGGGAGCGAGGCGAGCUACCACCGGAAGGCCCUGCUGACGGAGACCGCCAGACAGCUGGAGGCUGAGGUCGCCUCCGGGAGUGGACGGCCCCAGCUCUUGAGAGCAUCCAGCAUGCCGGCCACGCUGCUGCAGAACAGGGCCUCAGAGGACCCAAGCCUAGACUCAGGGCCCCCUACCCCGCCCGCCCUCCCCCCACUUCAGGGCGAAGGCGGUGUCUGUGAUGGCGCCUUUGGGCCUGCGGAAGGAUUUGCAGGUUUUUCCAACUCCACCCAGGGAGCAGCGGCCCAACUAGAAGUCAGAGAGUCUGGAGACCUGGUGCCAGGAAUACCGGAGCUGAUCCUGAAGGGGCCUGAGCCUCCAGAGGGUGAAGAAGCAGCUGCAAAUCACCUCCCUUUCUCAAGUCCUCCUUUCUCAUCACUUGUAGUUCUAGAGGAUGCAGAAGACCAACAGGAAAGCAGACAAGCCGAGGUGGCGGUCACGACCCCCGGCUCCCCAACACCAAGCCCCCCACCUCUGCCAUCACCCGUCCCUGAGAAUGAGCUCCCCCUAGAAGAAAUCGAGCUCAACAUCAUCGAGAUCCCACCGCCGCCACCUGUAGAAGUAGACGUGAGAAGCAUCGGUAUCCGGGUCACGGAGGAAAGCCUGGGCCUUACCUCCGUGGAUCCUGGCAGCAUCUCCAGCCUGAAGCAGCAGCUCUCGGGCCUCGAGGGCGAGUUGUCUGGAAGAACUGAGGAACUAGCCCAAGUCAGAGCUGCCCUCCAGCGGCAGGAGGAGGAAAUCAAGGCUAGGGGGCAGAGGAUUCGAGAGCUAGAGUGCACUGUAGCUCAACUGACAGAAAAGCUUAGCCACGAGAACACCAAAGAUGCUCAGGGCCAGACUGAUGCCAUGGUCAACACUGACCCUCUGCACGGACUCUUGACCAGGGAGUCGUGUGACAAGAGCAUUGGGGUCAACCUUAUGGGCAGCACAAGAUCUGAAAGCUGGGGGGCCUGGGGAAAGGGGAAUGGCGUCCUGUGGAGGCAGGAGAGUCACAAAUGGGGGGAUCGGAGCCCAGCAGAAUUUGUGUCACCAUCCCAGCUGUCACUGCCACAGGGAUCCAAGAUGGUCCUCACCCCCUCUUUACAUAGCUGCCUCUCCACUGAGCUCAGGAUCGAAGAAGGACGCUCUGACCAGGAGGGAGGCCAUCAGGUGGGAGCCGAGGGUCCAGUCAGGGGAGCAAGAGGCUCUCCAAGGAGCAGCGAGAGAAAGGCUCCCCCAGCAGGGAGGAAGGAGGCCGGUUCAGAGCUCCCGGGGAAGGAGCGCCCAGGAAGGCCACCGAGCUCGCCCACCACUGAUGCCACUAUCGGGCAGUACGUUAAGAAGAUCCAGGAGCUCCUGCAGGAGCAGUGGAGCUGCCUGGAGCAUGGGUACCCGGAGCUGGCCCAUGCCAUCAAGCAGCCCGCCUCCAAGCUCAGCAGCAUUCAGAGCCAGCUGCAGAGCUCCCUCAACCUGCUGCUGUCCGCCUACUCGGCCCACGCUGCACCCCAGAGGGAGCCCCCGGGCCCCUCUUCCUCCCCGCCGACGGAGAUCUCCCCGUCGACCAGCCUUAAAUCCAUAAUGAAAAAGAAAGACUAUGGCUUCCGUGCAGGAGGUAAUGGGACCAAAAAGAACCUUCAGUUUGUUGGGGUUAACGGUGGCUAUGAGACCACCUCGAGUGAGGAGACCAGCAGUGAGGACACCUCCCCAGAAGAUUUGUCUGACAGCGAGGCCGAGAAGAAAUGUGAUGGCCCAGAAUCUAGGCGGGGCAAGGAUGCCCACCUCAGCUACAAGGCGGGGCAGGGCAUUCCCGAGGGCACUCGUGACACAGACCAGCAAAGCGGGCCUGGGGAAGAGCUUCCCCAUCCCAAGGCUGAGAGAUAUAAACCCUCAGAGGAAUUCCUUAAUGCAUGCCGGGCAUUGAGCCAACAUCUGCCAGAAACCGGGACGACCACUGACCAGCUCUUGAAGCAGAGCUUAAAUACCAUCAGUCAAGAGUGGUUCCGGGUCUCCAGCCGGAAGUCAUCCAGCCCUGCUGUGGUGGCCACCUACCUCCGCGGGGUCCAGCCUCACUCCCCACACUUGCUAAAGCUGCUUGUCAACCUGGCUGAUGGCAAUGGCAACACAGCUCUUCACUACAGCGUAUCCCACUCCAGCUUCUCCAUCGUGAGGCUGCUGCUGGAAACAGGCGUCUGCAACGUGGACCAUCAGAACAAAGCUGGCUACACCGCCGUGAUGAUCACUCCCCUGGCUUCUGCAGAGACCGAUGAAGACAUGGCUGUUGUCUGGAAACUCUUACGAGAAGGAGAUGUGAACAUCCAAGCUACUCAGGGAGGCCAGACUGCGCUGAUGCUGGGAGUCAGCCACGACCGGGAGGACAUGGUCCAAGCGCUACUGAGCUGCCAGGCAGAUGUCAACCUCCAGGACCAUGAUGGAUCGUCAGCCCUUAUGCUGGCCUGUCGCCAUGGCAACGUCGACAUGGUCCGGCUGCUCCUGGCACACCCGGCCUGUGACAGCAGCCUGACUGACAAGGCUGGCCGAACGGCUUUGUCCAUCGUUCUGAAAUCGCCCGCCCAUGUGGAAAUUGCAGGGCUGCUACGGGCCCACGCGAAGCAGGGCAGGUCCCUGGGACCGUAGGGGCUGCAGAAGAGCUGGCAGCAAGGAACAGAAGGGGCCUUCUCUGGACUCCUCCCUCGCCCUCGGAGAGGGCACGGGUCAUAGCCAGGGGGCCGCCCCGCAAGAGAAGAAACUAUGUCAAAUACGCACAUACAUUCCUCUUGUAUAAUUCUGCUCGUUAGGAUGCUUUGUAGUUUUUGCCUUAGGCCAAGCCCCAAAACUGCGGGCUGCAGAGGGGUGCAAGGUACAAAGUGCAUUGGUGUUGGCUAAAAAAUCCCGGCUAUCUUCAGCCUCGAGUUCCUUGUGACUCCACCCUUUGUAGCACCGUGCAGAGACCAGGCAGGCAGGAGCACAGUAGCAAAGCUACUUUUCACGUGGAAUUUUAAAGUGCGCCAUCUUUCUGUUUUAUAAUCAAUUAUAUAUGAAGCUAUCCCAUUGAAUAUGCAUGUCUAGAGAGGAGGGGGUGGGGAAGGGGUGGGAUUUAAGCAGCUUCCCUGGCAGUCAUUCUCUGUAGGACCCUAGGAGAAUCACCACGCAGGCAGGUGAAACUGGACAAACCCCUCUGGGGCCUUUGUUUAGUUGGCGUUGACAGAGAAAUCUGAAACUCAGACGAGGUAGGAAGAAGCACAUUGGCAUCAAUGACAGAUAUACAGUCUUGACCAUUUCCGAGUUACCAAGUGGCUCAGCUUUGCUCUAGGAAAUUGGAAUUAAUCAGGAAGUUAUCCAAUCCAGUGAAGCACACCACAUAUAUGUAGGCAGAGUUCAGCUACGUCAGCUCUUCUGAAUCUGUGAAAGAAACAAAUGAAUCAGAGUGAGCAGACUUCUUGGGAUGGGUUUUUAUCAUCCAGAAGCCACCACUGUUCCUUUGUAGCAGUACCCGUGGACUCACGGUAAUCCUGGCUCCUUUCCCCUCCACCCUUAUGAGCAGACUAUGAGCCCUCAUGUGGCUCUGCGGUUUCUGAGGCUCCUAGCUGCCGAACUUGUCAGCCUGCAGCAGGAAUGUGGAAGCUGGGCUGGGCAGGGCCCGCUCUGCACUGACAUAUCUGUCUACUGGAAAGUUAGUUCUUAAACUUCCACAAUCCCGGGGGCCCACAUGUGCAUGGCUUUGUCUAUGAAUUUGUUCUUUCUUAAAAAUCUCUUAUGCAAAAAAAAUCUCUCUUGUAUAAAAAGGAAAGACAUCAAAGCUGGGUGAGCCGCACCCUGGUAACUCAAAAGCUCAAGUUCUCAUUUGACUCAGGUAUCAAUUUGCUUGGUGCCCCUUGGGUGAGUCAUGGAACCUCUCUGGGCCCCAUUUCAUCAUCUCUAAAAAUGGAGAUCAUCAUCCAACCUUUGUCCUGGGGGUGCUGGGCAAGGAACAGCUGAUGGAAGUUUUGGAAUCCAAUUUGUAAUCCAUAAAGACUGUCUGCCGAAAUGGCACAGCAAACUUCAGUACAACUUUGUGAUUCAUGAGAGAGGCUGCAAGUCCCAGAGCAGGACAGUGAUGUGUGAUGGUGUUGCUCAGAGAGAACGCAGCAAAUAAUGAUCUAAAAUGCUUUAAGUGGGUUUAUUUUGACCUCACAGCACAUUUUAAGAGCAGAACCCCGCAUUAAUAAAUGUCCUAGCCGGGUGCUUCUCAAACUUUGAUGUGCAUACAAACCACCUGGAGAGCUUGUUGGGACGCAGUCAGUCUGCGAGGGAAGGGGCUGGAGAGUCUACAUUUCUAACCAGUUCCCAGGGGAUGCUGACGCUGCAGGGCCACACCACACGUGCAGUAGCAAGACUCUGGCCCAUCCUGAUCAUUUAUAUAUUAAAAUGCUGCCUCUCGAUAUUCUGUCUCAAAGUUUCUUUGCAUUUCUCUGCUCUCAGCUCUGGUGAAUUUGCAAUCAUUGCAAAUUAUUUUCUAUUAUGGUUCUGCAGAGAGCAGUAAGGGGGUCCGUGUUCUGUGUUGCCAAUUUAGGGUCUGUUUCUGCAUCUCAUAUUGGGGUGGCAACUUUUAUUUGGUCGUAUUUCUUAUAAUUAUCUCAUUCGAGUCCAGCUAUUAAAAACUUGCUUAUU